AUGGCUGCGGGUUGCUCAGUGGCUCCGCGGCCGAAGGCGGCCUCAGAAGGGCCGGGCGGCGUCUUGCCUUGCCUAGAAUUGCCUACCUACGCGGCUGCUUGUGCGCUUGUGAAUAGCCGCUACUCCUGCCUGGUGGCGGGGCCGCACCGAAGACACAUCGCCCUAUCGCCGCGCUAUCUUAACAGGAAACGCACCGGUAUUCGAGAACAGCUCAAUGCAGAGCUCCUGCGCUAUUCCGAGAGCCUUUUAGGUGUACCCAUUGCUUAUGAUAACAUCAAAGUAGUGGGUGAAUUAGGAGAUAUUUAUGAUGAUCAAGGACACAUUCAUCUUAACAUUGAAGCAGAUUUUGUUAUUUUCUGCCCUGAACCAGGGCAAAAACUUAUGGGUACAGUUAAUAAAGUGUCCUCCAGCCACAUCGGCUGCUUGGUCCAUAAGUGCUUCAAUGCCUCCAUCCCUAAACCUGAGCAGAUGCCAGCUGACCAGUGGCAGACGCUGCAGAUAAACGUGGGUGAUGAACUAGAAUUUGAAGUAUUUCGUUUAGACUCAGAUGCUGCUGGAGUAUUCUGCAUUCGGGGAAAACUAAGUAUGACUAGUUUACAAACCAAGUGCUCUGCAGUUCCUGAAAAAGCACCAGAAACUGGCGCUGAUGAACCUGUCGAAAAACCUCCAAAGAAGAAAAAGAAAAAGAAGAAAGACCUAGAGCCAUGUGAAGCGGAAGGCAGAACCACAGAGCCAGCAGAAUUUGCAGAUGUUACCAUGAAGGACGAGACAGACCUGCAGGCAUUUCCCUCGAGAUCGCCUCCCUCACAUCCCCUCAAUCCAUCUCGCUGCAGUCAACCACAGCCCUCGCCCUGGGAUUGCUCCACAAUCCCUAAACUCCAGCUCCCUGCUGCUAUGUCUUCUAGAAGACCAGCGUUCCUGUCUAGGUUCCUUUGUCCUACCGAGUUUUGUGUGGUUCCCCGUAUUCUUUUCCACUGGUCGGGUACUCCUGUCCACGCUCAGCUGGUGUUCUUUCUGCAUGCACUUCUGUGUCUGACGGUGUAUUCCCGAUGUAUCCAUGGAGAGAGAUGUACUCCACAUCUGCCUACUCCUCUGCCAUCUUGUUCUUUUAUUCAUUACUUUUAA